AAAUAAUUAAGAAUCCAGAAAUAUGGAAGCUACUGGUGAAGUGAAAUUAGUGGAUAAGUAUAUGAGAAAGGAUGUUGAGGAUUUACUCAAGAGAAAAUUCUUUGUGGUGCAAUCCUUUGAGAUCUAUGGUGGUGUUGCUGGGCUCUUUGACUUUGGUCCUCUCGGAGCUGCACUCAAGAACAAUGUUGAGCAGCUUUGGAGAAAUCAUUUCGUGCUUGAGGAAGAUAUGCUUGAAGUUUCAUGCUCUGCUCUGACACCUGAAGCCGUGCUCAAGACCUCAGGACAUGUUGAUAAGUUCGAGGACUUCAUGGUAAAGGAUACUAAGAAUGGACAAUGCUAUAGAGCAGACAAGAUUCUUGAAGAUCAUAUCGACAAAGUUCUUCAGAAGAAAGCUAAAAAGAUGAAACAGGAAGAGAUUGAAAAACUUGAGAAGAUCAAAGCUCAAGCCGAUAGCUUCAGCCAGACUGAAAUUGGAGAAAUAUUGAAAGAACUCAAGGUAAAAGCUCCAGAUACCGGAAACCCAAUUAGUGAUCCAGUCCCAUUCAAUUUAAUGUUUUCUACUCAGAUCGGUCCAUCAGGAAAUGCCAAAGGUUAUUUCAGACCAGAGACUGCACAGAGUCAAUUUGUAAACUUCAAGAGACUUCUUGAGUUCAACAACGGUAAACUUCCAUUUGCUUCAGCUUCUAUUGGUCUCGGAUUUAGAAACGAGAUUUCUCCAAGAGCUGGUCUUCUUCGUGUCAGAGAAUUCACUAUGGCUGAGAUUGAGCAUUUCUGUGACCCUUUGAACAAGGAUCAUCACAAAUUCUGCUUAGUCAAAGAUGAGACACUUCCUUUGCUUUCAAAGGAAAAACAACUAAGCUUAGAAGAUCCAAUUACUGAUUUGACAGUGAGUGAGGCAGUAGAGCAAGGAAUCAUCAAUAACCAGACUCUUGCCUACUUCAUGACAAGAACCUUCCUGUUCUUUGAGAAAUGUGGUAUUCCAAGAUCAGCAAUCAGAUUCAGACAGCAUCUAGAUACCGAAAUGGCUCAUUAUGCUUCAGAUUGUUGGGACUGCGAAAUUGAGACCUCGUAUGGAUGGAUUGAGAUUGUUGGUCAUGCUGAUAGAUCAUGUUUUGAUCUUGACUGUCAUUCAAAGUACACCAAAACUGAAUUAUUAGGCUCCAGACCAUUAGAAACUCCAAUUGAAGUGUCUACUACUUACAUUCUCCCUGAUAAGAAGAAGUUAGGUAAAGCAUUGAAGAGAGACUGAAAAUUGUUAUGUGACUACCUAGAUGGUCUUGAUGAAGAUGAAAGACAGAGCAUCCAUAAGCAGUAUGAUGAAGCAGACACUGAAUUUGAGAUUGAUGUUGGUAGCAAGAAAAUUACAGUUCCAAAAGACUCAAUUGAAGUUAAGAUUGACACAAAAAUGUCGAUGGAAGAAAAAUUUGCUCCUCAUGUUAUUGAGCCAGCGUUCGGUAUUGGUAGGGCAAUCUACUGCAUUUUUGAGCAUUGCUUCAGAAAGAGACCUGAUUCUGAGACAAGAACAUACUUCGCAUUCCCAGCUAUGAUCGCUCCAGUUAAAACUUCAAUUUUGCCACUUGUUUCAAAUAGCGAUGAACUCUUGAAGCAUGUCUAUGAACUCAAGACUAGACUUAACAAAGAGGGUGUCUCAUCAAAAGUAGACGAUAGUUCUCAGACAAUUGGUAGGAGAUAUGCUAGAACUGAUGAGUGCGGUAUUCCUUUCGCUAUCACAGUUGAUAAUGACACUUUGACUGAUAAUACUGUCACUCUUAGAGAGAUCCAUACUACAAAGCAAGUCAGAAUCCCUAUCGAUGACCUCUCAGAAGUUAUCCUUACUCUUUCCAAGGGUAUGCUAACCUGGGAGAGUAUCCAAGAGAAAUAUCCAAACUUUGAGACAGAAAAGGAGGAGAGCUAGAUCUGUACUUAUUGCAUAAAUCCUAUACUCAAGAAUAUUC